CAGAUAUAUGGGCAUAGGAUUGUCCACAGAGGAGUUUGGAAAUAAUAUGAGCAAACUGCCAGGCUGGGACAAGCACUCUUAUGGUUACCACGGCGACAACGGACAUACAUUCAACUCUGCAGGGAACGGACAACCUUACGGUCCAACGUUUACAACGGGUGACGUUGUAGGAUGCGGAGUGAAUCUUGUGGACAACACUUGUUUUUACACGAAAAAUGGUGUGCACCUAGGCAUUGCAUUCACAGAUCUGCCUAGCAACUUGUAUCCAACCGUAGGCCUUCAGACGCCUGGUGAAAUCGUUGAUACAAACUUUGGUCAGAGCCCAUUUGUGUUCAAUAUAGAAGACCUCAUGCAGGAAAUGAGGAUGAAGACUAAGACAACAAUAGAGAAUUAUCCAGUACCAGAUGACCAAGGGGAAUGGCAAUCAGUGCUACACAGAAUUGUGUCAACGUAUUUAGUUCACCAUGGUUACAGUCAAACAGCCGAGAGCUUUGCUCGGAGUACAAGACAAACAAUAGCUGAAGAAGUCAUGUCAAUUAAAAACAGGCAAAAACUUCAAAGAUUAGUAUUAGCAGGUUGCAUGGGUGAAGCAAUAGCUACAACACAGAGACUCUAUCCAAAUUUACUUCAACAAAACCCCAAUCUGGAAUUCAUGCUCAAAUGCCGCCAGUUUGUGGAGAUUGUGAGUGGGACAGAGAGCGAGAUACGGCCUCCCCGCAGCGAGCCACGUAGCUCACGGUCAUCACGUUCGAGUAGUAGACAUGCAAGUCCGGCCAUGAGCCCUCAUCGUGAUAGCGCCGCUCCUUCCUCAUCCUCCCCUCAUCUCAGUAUAUCAUCACCGUUAGCUACGGACCCUCUACAAAUGCAUCAUUCAGGAAUACCAGGAGGUAGCACAAGUAGUAGUAGUAGUAGCACCGGCGGCAGGCAUGGGAGUAGUCUCCUCAACACUUCCAAACCUAUAUCACCAAAGAGUCCUAAGAACUUACAACAGCAACAUCAGCAACAGCAACAACAGCAGCAGCAACAGCAAGAUGGACUGACCACAAACACUGCAAUGACCUCAACCAUGAACGCCCUCAACCUCACCACGAACGGUAGUGUCAUGAACGGUUCCUCAAGGAUAAUAAACCCGGAGUCAGAUAUAGACAUGGAUGUAGACUGUCAUGAAACCAAUGGUGUUCACACUAAUGGAAAUAGUAGUAAUGGACAUGCUGUGACAAACGGCAAGGCAUUAUCAUCAUCAUCAGUCAAUGGUGUGUGCCCACCCACAGAAGAUAUGGAAACAGAUGAACUAGAAGGUACAUCGUUACCACCCGUCCGUCAGCUCUGUGGAGGGAGCCAUUCAGCAAUUGAACAUAUGCUCAAAUUUGGUCGGGAACUUCAGUGCUUCUACGACAAAAUCACCAGGGAGAACGGCAAGAACGAAACCAAUGCCAAUGCUUUACGGGAGGCAUUUAGUUUGUUAGCCUAUGCAGACCCAUGGAAUAGUGAAAAAGGGUACCAGCUAGAUCCAUUAUUACGAGAACCAGUCUGUGCCGCAUUAAAUAGUGCCAUAUUAGAAUCACAGAACAUGCCCAAGCACCCGCCUCUGGAGCUUGCCCUAUGUCAUGUGACCGAGACCAUGAAACUCAUGUCCAAGUACGGAGCAGGGUCAUGUGCUUUCUCAGGAGUAGACCACUAUCUAAACUAACGCUGGCCUUCCAUCCCCCUCCUCCAUCCCCCUCCCGUGAAUCCAUGCCCUUCUAUAUAUUGGAAGCAUGCUGCUCUUUCCUAUGUGUAUGAUCAUCAGAGUCUCCACACAUACAUGUGGAGACCGAGGUCUUGCACGCCCACCCCCCUUCUCUUUCUCAGAGAAUUUUCCUCUCUUGUAUGCAAUAGUCCCAGUUGAAAUGAUUAUUUAUCAAUAAAUUCUGAUCAUAUAUUCAUUGAUAUCUCAAGAGCUGGACUCUGCAAUUUGUUUGGAAUCAUGAUUGUAAAAUGUCUGAGACUUUCUUCCAUAUAUAUGCAAGCUAUCUGACUAAUUUAGAGUUAAAGUUUUGGGAAGAAACCCCACGGCAGCUUAAUCAAAUUUGGCGUUUUUAUUCAAUCCCCUUAAGUAUAUUUACCUUCCAUUGUAUGAACGUUGUAUUUAAGUAAUUUCUUUCAUUGUUCAUAGCAGUUUUUUUUUCCUCAUUAUAUUAUGUCUUGGCCCAAGCAACAAAUUGUUAUUUAACAUUCAUUCCAGUUUAUGUAAUCCCGAUUCACGCCCUGUAUUGUAUGUUUAAACGGAACCUCUUUUGUCCCUUUACAACCCUCCUCUCCUAUGUCCAACCCCCGUCCCUUGUGAUUCCACCAACAGUCCUGCCUCUUUCCAUCGCGAGUGCUGCCUCAUUCAAAAACUCUGUGCAGAUUGACUUAAUAUGUAAAGAUCAUUCAAUGACACGAUUAUGCUGCCUCUGUUCAUGAAGUACUCUGACAUAGACGAUUCACUGGGAGCCGAGAUGAACGCAUCCAAACGUGUAUCUCUCUGUAUUACUGAACGUGACAUUACCCGCUGAUGUAGUCAUCGUGCAUUUUCAUCCGGACCUUGAGAUCAAUGCAUGGCUCUUCUUAAGAAAGGAGGAUCAUCUUCAAUGGAUAGGAUGCGCUCUGUUCUUCAGCCACCAUCUCGUCUCUUGCUUGAGAUAUUAUCACUUCAUCUCAUGGAAAGAAAGAGAUACCAUGCUGUAAGGGACAUCCACCUGACCAAUCCUGGUGCUGCUUGAUCAACUACUCAUCUCAUCCAGUCAGUUAAGAGGAACAUGAUUUAACCUACCAAGAUGUGACCAGACAAGGGUCUUGUUUCAUAAGACAAAUGCCGAAAUUAUGUGACAAAUUUGCUCUUUGCCAGUAGAAUUAAUGGAUAACUGAAUCUUUAAUACCUGUUAGUAAGAACAAGUUUCAUGAAUCAGGUCCCUAAGGAGCAGUUGUUCACAGUUAUUAAAAAUUACUGAAACCAAUUGGCCGAGAGCAAAUUUAUUGAUGAAAAUCACUUGCAAAGCACUUCAUGAAACCGUCCCUGGUCUUGACCUUAUGGAUUGAUUCUGACCUGGAGAGUACAGGGCGCUUAUCUCAACUGUAUCUUGUCUAGAAAGCGUAAUUGGUAGGGAUUUACUGUGUCCGGCUAUUGUGCAUUGAAUGUGCUCUCUCAUGACUGAUGGAGAACACGGUUCUGUACAUUUGCCUUGUGGAUACACGUAGGCCCUCUACCUUGCAGUUGUCUCUGGAUUUACAAAAAUAUGUCCAAACAGAGCACACACGAAGACAGAUGUUUCAACUUCACAUGUUACCAAAUUUGACAGUCAACAAAUUUCCAUAGAAAUAAAGUGGAAAUCGUCUGUGAUCAGUCAUUGCAUAUAUUCUAUCAUGAGAGACAAAAACAAUUGAUGAGAAACCGGUGAGUCUGGUAAAAAUACUAGGGUGACAGACUUUGUGAAGAGACUACUGGGGAAGGUUGCUGUGUAAAGUGGUACAAUGUACAUGUAUCUUCAUGUGAAAACUAUUACUCAAAUACUGUGCUUUUUUACUCUCCUGCCCAUCAUGACAUUUGUAUUGCUAUUAUUCUCUGUGUUUGAUUGUGUUGUCUCAGUAAUCUUUUCAUAAGCCCCGUUUCAGGACAUUUUCCCUAGAUUAAAGGACUCUUUAUUGUAUUAGCCAUGCCAUAAAAUUAAUUAAUGACUGGAACCAAAUUAGCCAUCAUACCAAGUUCAAUUGAUUGAAAGCCUGUGUACAAUUUACCUAUAAAAUGAUCAUGACUAAAAUCACGAAAUUUGACUUAAUACUUUUCCUCUAGACAUGUGAUGUUCAGUUUUACUAAAAUUCCUUGUUAUUUUUUUGUAUCAUUUAUUUUUUAGUCAUAUUUUAUGUAGGCAUUAUUUGCGUAGGAUUAUGUCUAGAGUCAGGGGUUCAUUUUUUUUCUUCAUUUUCUCUCUUUUAUAUUAUGUCUUUAUUGGAUAUUCCAUUGCAAUCAGGGAAUUUAUUUUAUUUAUAUCAGGAAAAUUGAAAUUAUGCUGUACAGGAACCAUAUUUAUUUCUUGUUUCUUAAUUCAAUGUCUCAACAAUAUUGCAUCAUGAUUGAUUUUCUGAAACACCCAUCUGUAAGUACAAAUUAAAUAGAAUAAUCAAUAGUAUCUGGGGAGAAUGAUGUUCAUAGUGCAAAAUAACCAACACCCAUGCUAGUGUCACAUCCUUACGUUAGUUUUUGUGUUGCUUUGUAUUUCUAGAACACAGACUUCAGAGGCCCUACAUCAAAAAAAUGUGAUUAAACAUGUUCACCAUGGCCUGGGCCCCCUCUUAUGAAGAGAUGCAAUUGAUCCGAUCAAUCGCAACUAUGAAAAGCCAGCAAUGUCAACAUCUAAAAUACAUGUUUGUUCUAAAUAUUUUCUAGAAAUGAUGUAUAUUCAUACAUUCACUGUUUUUCUGGACAAUUCAGUAUGCUUCUGUUUUCAAAGGACAUUGAGCGAAUUUCCUGAAGAAAAAAUUAUGACAUUGAUGGAUUUCCGUAUACUUGAGGUUGAUUGGAUCAAUCGUAACUCUUUGUAAGACGGGGCCCUGAUUUCACAAAGGUGGUUUCAAUUAUACCAUCGUACAAAACCAUGGGCGAUUCAGAUUUCUUGAAUUAUCACACUUUCAAGCAUGAAUUAUAAUGCGCCUUUUAUGGAGGGCGUGCAUUUAUUCUGUACCAUGGUACAAUUGGAACCUCCUUUGUGAAUUUGGGCUUAUGUGUGCAUGGGCCUGUGCUGGUUGCUUGUUUUGAUUUUUAAAUGACCCACAAGCAAGCACAAUUUUCCAUGCUCGAGUCCAUUCUUAUUGCAAUUUUUCUUGCACACUUGGAAGCAGCUAGAAACGUUGGAUAGCUGCUACCUAGACUCGCUACAUUGUGAACCCAGCUUGUACCGUAUGUCGUUUGCUUGUAACAGUGGCAUGUGCUAACUGUCUAUGAGCGAGAUGAUAUUCCAUGUACGACUGCUUCUAUCAUGUUCCUUAAAUUGCUGGAUCGAACUGUAAAAUGAUAACAUGGCAACUUGCAGCAUGAUUUGCAAAGGUGCAUCAUUGUCAACUGUAGUAGAAAACUAGUAAUAUGUACGUGCUGAUUCAUAGUAGCAAGUUUCAUUGACCCUGACAGAAAAGCAUGAAGUGCAAUUGCAUUGUGACUGCUCACAUAAUGAGUCAUGCUCAAGUUUAGUGGUACUCAAAAAGUUUUAGAGCAACAAUGAUCCCUAUGAUAGAUCAGUUGUUGGUGCUUGCAGCAUUUCAGGAGUUUGUAUUUACAAUGCACCCAUUAACAAUUUUUUUAGGAGGGUUGUUACAUGGAGAUUUAUGUUUUUCCAAAGGAGAUUUCCACCACAGACUUGAACCAAGACCCCUGUGAUCCAGCAGGGUUCCCACAGUCAUGGAAAAUCCUGGAAAAAUUUGUGGUCAUGGAGAGUCAGGGAAAAGUCAGAAUUUUGAAAAAUUUUAAUUGUGUCAUGGAAUUGUGUUCAAUUGUUUGAAUUUUGGGUGUUGGUGAAACGAAAAUGGUACCCUGGGCCCCGUAACACAAAGCUUAGCGAUGAAUAGCAAUUAUGAAAGAACACUUCUGAUUGGUUCCUGGUCGGUAUUUUGCGCCAAAUGCGUGUGUAAAAUUGAUCUUGAUUGGUCAGUUCAUUUAGCGAUCGAUCGCUUAUCUUUGUGUUACGAAGCCCUUGUCAGAAACAGCCCAUAUACUGAUGAUAAUAGAUGUACAUGUCAUGGGUAAGAUAGUGGGUGGAACGGAUGGCCGUUAGGGGAGGUGGAGGCCAUCAUAACGCGGGUGAUUUUGGAAACCGUGCCAGAAAGGAAGUCAUGGAAAGCAGCAAUUUAAUCAUGGAAUUCUGUUCUCAAAUUUCUGUGGGAACCCUGUCCAGAGUUCAGGACGUAAUCCACCAGACCAUGACAUCUCUUCUCAUGAAAUCCAACUAUUACGCAAAAUGGAGAUAAACCUUUUACUAGAACUUUAUGUGCUCUCUUCUCAGAUUGCCUUCUUUCAUCUGUCCCGUCUUUUAGAAUGCACAGAAUACUCGGCAUAUUGUUGAAAUCAGGAGUGUAAUGUAUUUGCAAGGUUCUGUACAUUGAAGAAGUGUGUGUAUGUGGGGAUGGCCACAUUAUCAUGUGUUAUAGAGCAGUAUUUUUCUCAAUUUCUUGUAUAGAUUCAUGUUUGAAAGUGAUGAAAUGAUGAAAAAAAAAUUCAUGCAACCACUUGUGAUGCUACAUUGAAGUGAAAACUAUUAUAAAAAAAAUAUGUAUUGUUAUAUUAUUAUAAUUAUUACUAUUCACUAUCACUUGAAAUCUGAUUUCUUAGUUUCUCUAAGUCAGGGUUUUAUAGCAAACCAAAUGAGUUUUCUUAUUUUUCUGUAUGCACCCAUGAUGAAAAUAUAGUGAAAUGAAAAUAGUUGUAUUUAUUAUAUGACUUGAUUUUUGUGUGUAGAUAAAGCAGAGAGUAUGAGUCGACAAAUUAUAGAAUCAUUUGAUUCAUUUGGAGAGAGAUAUAUUUUAUGUAACACUUGGCUCAUAACUUUUCCUUAGAAAAUUAUUUUUUCCCCUGACCACUUUCCCUUCAAAUAUCGUAUUGCAUGAUUGUUAUUAUUAUGUUUCAAUUUAUUUCAUUAUGUACUAUCUACAUGAUUCUUGCGAAUGAUAUAAUAAUUGUUAGCGGGAUGUUUAAUUCAACUAUACUGAAAUAAAAUGACAAUUUUUCAUCUUCAUUUUUGUGAUUAUCCCCUAAUUGAUGGAUUAUCUUUUUUGGUUGACACUUAACUUUUACAGAUAAUUGCAAAUCAUUUUGGUGGUCAGAUACUUUGGAAAUGUAAUAUUCCCUUCCUCAGGGAUUUAAUUACAUGGGGGCUUGGGACAAUUUAUUGCCCAUGAUAUGCUAAAGAGAGCCCAGGAAACAAACAAAAAAAGGGAGCCCGGAAAAUUCUCUUUCAUUGCAACGUUAACCCUAAGAAGGCUGGGGGGGGGGGCUGAUUCAGCCCCCCUCGACAUUUUUCGUGAUAAAUCUGCCGCAUGAAAUUUUGUGACCGCGUCGCUCACUGACUUUUUACAUUCAAGUCUCGCGCAACUUUUGAGACCUAAAUUGCGACCCCCAGGCACACGGUUCCGAAAUUACGCAACAUUUCGUAAGUGCAUACAGACCCAAAAUUGCUAAACGUGAAUUUGUGUACAAAUCCAAUGCAAAUAGUGUUUUUAGCCAAAAUUCAUAAAUGUAUUAUUAUUUUUCCUUUUACUGAUUGAAAUCAAUUAAUUCCAUCUUAUUUCUGGUCAAAAUAAAGUCCCCGACAAUUUCCAUUGAAAAAACAAUAAAAAAAAGAAAGUCGAAAAACAUAGAAAUACAUAAGAAAUUUACAAAACAAUAAAAGUACAUUUGAUCACAUUCAUAUAAAGUGUCCGUGUGCCAAGAAUUAGCAUUUUAGGGGCAUUAUUUAGUUAAUUAGAGCAAACUUUUGAUUUUACGCAUAAAUUAGCAUUAUUAAUUUGCAAUUAGAUUUUUCGCAGAAUUUGAUCUUGUAGUUUUGUAGAUUAUGCCAUGGGUAACGCGCGUGCCAAUUUUCAUCGCGAUCGCGCUAUCGAAGGCCGAGAUCAUAAGGGGGGCUGAAUCAGCCCCCCCUCAGUCUUCUUAGGCAUCGAAAUAGCCCAGUCUAUUUAGGGUUAGAGCUUUUCCAAUGUUUCAGAUUUGGGCAGUAACACCAACUAUGUUUGAGACUAAAUGCUCUAAACAUUGACCAUCAUACGACCACAGUAGACUACAGAACCUGAGGAGUCCUAUCCAAACUAGUAAUGGAUAUGUAUCUGUAGUUUGAUGCGCCAUCAUUUGACAGGGACAUUACUCACAUAAAACAGAAAAAACAUACCUCGUUGAGACUGAAUCAUAACAAGUUUGAUUGUACAUGGCUAGAACUGUUUCUCCAGUAAUUUGCAGAUUUUCUAUAAUCUAAUAUAUAUAUAUUGCUGUUUAUGAGCUUAGUGUUACAUGAAUUUGGUUCGUCAGUACCUCGUUCUCAUGAAAUUUGACAUUGAAAUGUGUGGUUCUCUUAUUUUAUUACUUUUUAAUUUACGUGCAUGUUCAUGUACAGGAGUUGUUCAAGGGGAGAAAAAAAACUUACGAAAAAUUGAAAUU